UCCUCAAACAAACAAGGCGAACAAAGGAGGCAGCGGGUAAUACACCCGUGAGAAAUCCCGUUGGUCGAAAGGGGUCAUGUCAGGGUACCAGUGAUCAACCUGUGAUGGCGAACCAAACAAACCGCAAGAGGGCAGGGGGCAGAGGGGGCAAGAGAGAGGACUCACAGAGAGUAAAAGGAUGAAGUCUAGCCGGAUGUGUAAAAGCUCGUGUGAGGCUGGGUCUGAAGCUUUGGGGCGGUAUCGCUUGUUUCGUGAAAAGCAAAGAUGACUUUGAAGGAUGAUGGAGAUUAACGAAAACGCUAUCGUCCAACGCUCUGGAUGGGCUACAGGGCCUGUCGGUCAACGAUGAAGACGCUGGCUGGCACAGCAGUGAGUCUGAUACGUGUAUAUGCCCCUUUUGGUGAGUGCCGGGCUGGCUGGAAGACGAGGGAUGGUGUUUAUGGCAGAUACGCGUCGAGUGAAGCAGACGUGUGGACCUGUGUGUCGCGGGGGGAAGCGGUGUCAGGGUGCGAAGGUCAGCCUCGGUAUUCAUGGCAUACGGGCAAGAGACGUGGCGCGAAAGAACGAGGAGAUGGAGGUCUAUGGGGCCUAUGGGGCUGCUUUGUGCGACAUGACGACUCACGCUGUGGGGAAGAUCCCUCGAGGCUUCUCGCUGGAGGUCCUUCAAAGGGCUGAUUCAAAGGUCUGAUGAGGAUUGUAGCGAGCCUUUGGUCUGAUCCGGUAAGGGGGGCUUUGGGUGCUGUUUUCUUUAUGGGAGAGCGAGGAGAUGGAGAUACAAAGCAGGAAUUGGGCGUGGUGAGUUUGGGAUGGCGACCAUGUCUUCAUGAAAAUGUGGUCUCGCUGCCAGUGGUGGCCCGAUCUGCCUGUGCCCUUCUGCCUCGUCGCCCACCAAGACCGGGCAAACAACAGUGCACUACCCGGUCCAGGCCCUGAGGGGUGUCGCACCCAGAGGGCGCGGGGAGGGGCCACACAACAAGGGGG